AUGUCCUCCUACUAUCAUCGUGAAGAAAGAAGACAAAGUUGGAAUUCCAAUGCCGCUCCACUUGGUAUGAGUAUGAGCAAUCGCAUCAAUAUUCCAGUUCAGAUGGCUCCUCCAUCUAACUUGUUAAGUCCAGCCAUCUAUGCAGGGCCACUUCUUAGUGAUGUUGGAAAUGGUAUGAAGUAUUCAUACAGUGAACGAACGUACACUCUUCCUAGUUAUAUUAGUUACUAUGAAACCAUUGGCUAG